UCGGUGCCAUGCACAAGACAAUAAUAAAAAGAGUUCAAGUAGAGAUGUCAACACGUUUUGGCUUAUUUCCAAAGUCCCUGUUACUCGUAAUCAUAUUAUAUGGGGCAAAAUCGUCAGAAGGAGCGAGGGUAUUCACGAUAGUGAACGCAUGCAAGUACAAGAUCUGGCCGGCGAUAAUGCCGGGAGAGCAUUUCAACGGCGGUGGCUUCGAGCUAAAGUCCGGCCAAUCAAUCGUCUUCAGAGCUCCGGUCGCAUGGUCCGGUCGAAUCUGGGCACGAACCGGCUGCAACUUCGACGCUAAAGGUAAAGGCAAGUGCCUAACCGGAGCAUGCGGCUCGAGCCUCCGGUGCACAGCCUCCGGUGAGCCGCCGGCGACUCUGACAGAGUUCACGCUGGCAACCCCGGAUUUCUACGACGUGAGUCUGGUCGACGGGUUCAACCUCCCGGUGCUGGUGACGCCGGUUAACGGCCAGGGAAACUGCAGCGCGGCAGGAUGCGACGGCGACGUGAACGGAGAAUGUCCGCCGGAGCUGGCGGUGAAGUCGGGAAAGGGCGGGAAAGCGGUGGCGUGUAAGAGCGCGUGCGAGGUUUUCGACAGGGACGAGUACUGCUGCAGGGGCGUGUACGGAAACCCGGUGGUCUGUCAGCCGACGUAUUAUUCGAAGAUAUUUAAAAAGGCUUGCCCGACUGCGUACAGUUACGCGUACGAUGAUCCGACAAGCAUCUUCACUUGUACGGGAACUGAUUACAUCAUCACCUUCUGUUCUUCCAGGAACCAAUCGGUGUGCACUUUUCACGACAACAAACUGUCAUGCGGUCACACGUCCGAUGGGUUUAAACUCGUGAAUGGAGGAUGGUGGCUUGUGACAAUGUUAAUCUUAUUAUUUAUAGUUGAUUUAUGGAUUAAUCCGGCGCAUUUUAAACUAUAAUGUAUGAUCACAUUCAAUUUAUUUUUUAUUUUAUUUUGAGUCUAUUAAGCUGCGGAAAAUAAAUAAUAUUUGGUUUGUUUAUACUCA